AACAAGGAAGGAUCCAGAAACCCGAAGCUAAAGAAUAUGGCUAUGGCGUUCUGAGAAAAUUCUUGGUCAGAAAAUAUGCCGAGAUCGCUGAUUCAGCGCCUGGCGCCAUACCUGGCUGGUCGAAUCCGACAGAACCAAAGGCUUCUAAGCUCUGCUUCUUCGUCUUCUGCUCUUUACGAAGCCUCUCCAUCGCCUUCUUCUCCAUCUCCCGAUGCCGUCCACUUGACCGACAAUUGGGUCCGAAGAAUGAAAGAGCUGCAAGCUACCGAAGCACCGGGUGGUGGAAAGAUGCUUAGGUUGAGUGUGGAAACUGGGGGAUGUUCUGGGUUCCAAUAUGUCUUUGAUCUGGAUGACAAAACCAGCUCAGAUGAUAGAAUUGUUGAGAGGGAAGGAGUUAAGCUCGUGAUCGAUAAUAUUUCAUAUGAUUUUGUAAAAGGGGCAACCGUUGAUUACGUUGAGGAGCUGAUACGUUCAGCAUUUGUGGUGACUGAAAAUCCAAGUGCAGUGGGUGGGUGCAGUUGUAAAAGUUCUUUCAUGGUGAAACAGUAGUUUUGUUGCAAGUACCUUACCCAUAUACUCCCAGCACGGUCACUCAUGUUUGGCCCCAACUGGUUAUUAUUUCCAUUUUUUGUUUUCCAAUAACAACCAUUUCAACUGAAAGAAAUUGCUUCUGUAUCACGCUACUAUACAUGUAAGAAAGCAAGGUGUAAAACAGUCAUCUAUCAUCGAGCUCUUGUAUUUUUUAUCGUUUCAGGGUUCGUAUUUGAAUGUAGGUAAUUCAGUAAUAAUUGCACUUUGUUUGGCA